GACUGAUGGACACUGAAAAGCCGUGGGGGCUCCUCUUUCCACUGCAAAGCUUGGAGCAUCAUCAUCGAGCACAUUAUUCUACAAGCCCCAAUCGAACUCGAUUCCAAUUGUUUUGGACGAUUUAAUUAGGUUUGCAUCCAAAGCUGCUUAUUUUCUGUUAUUAUUUAUCCAAUUUCUUAUUUACGUCUAGGUCUUUUAUGGCCCCCUGAGACGUAUACUAUCGCACCUCCCUGUCUCCAUACGUCCUCGGUACAAUGUUCCAGGAAGCUACUCCUCCCCCAAGCAGUCCUGUCUGCGAGGGCAGGAGUAAUCAAAUGGGACAUGUUCCAUUCACACAAACUGUUCAAAAGCCUCUAGGCCUGCCGCUAAGGACACCCAGGAAGCUUCAAGGCAUCGUCAACAGCAGCAGCCCGGCAUACUGGGCAAACACACCUGCUCCAAGCUCACCGGCCGACCUCGGUCCUUCAACAUCACCAACAUUGAUUCGCGCGGCCCCCGUCACUCGAUCAUCCAACAAUAAGAACAAAGAACGGAAGCCACCCUCUGUUACCCCUCGGAGGUUCACGAGAUUCUUCCACGGUCAACGAAAAGUUCCAGCUGUCAGGUGUGCCCUAAACGACAUAACCAAGGCCUCGCUUAACGAAGUCGAGCAGCAAUCACCAUCCCGCCUUGAUGGCGACAGAGAUAUAUCCAUGGACUCUGGGCUUGCUAUCAACAAACGCCCGAUAACACAUGCUUUGGGCUUUGAUUCUGCAGAGCUUGGUCGCGAUUUUAAGCGGCAAAAUAGGGAACUUGGUCCAGGCCUCCUGAACGUUGGCUUGAGUCAACAAUCCCAAAAUGCUCCCGAGGCUAUAUUCAGCACCCCUGAACCUGUCCAAAGAAGUCUUCUGAGCCAGCGAAGCACUGCUGGUCAAAUCUUCCAAAGGGAAUUAGGGGACAUCGAUCGCGCAUUUGAUAUUCUGGACUUGGCACAUCCCGUCCUGGACUGGAGACACCAAACCGCAGACUUUUGCUCAUCUUUUGACUAUGUUCACGACACAACUGCUGUUGCCCGGCCAGGUCAGGCCCGGGGUACCAUCUUCUCACAGGCAGCAUGCAACACAAGCAAUAUGGUGUUCAUCGGCGACGACAUGGGCGAGGUUCGCCUACUGGAUACUGAAACUCCCGGCGAUGAUGGAUUUAAAAAGUGCCACCUGCGAUGGACUGCACAUGGGAACGCCGUCACCGAUGUCGCAUUGUCGUCCGAUGAUCUGCGAGCAGCCACUGCCUCGGCCGACCGGUCUGGUAUCGUUUGGGAUAUGAUGACUCAGAAGCCCCUGGCACUCCUCGACUGCGGUAGCUCUGCAAAGUCGAUCCGUUUUCAGCCUGGCCAAGGUGUCAGCAAUGUCGUCGCAACCAGCACCCGUGACGGCAUCGUCCAAAUAUGGGACCUUCGGUGCAAAAACAGCCGCUAUAGCGAGUGGAGCCAGGGUACCGUCGACGAAGAGGAAUACCUUCGCGUUGCCAACAUCCCGCCAUGGAACACGUUCGUUUCGGGGUCUACCGUACCCUGGGCCACCAAGAGCUCCUCCAGCUCUCAAUCAUCCCGGACCGUGGUGACAGCCCUUGAGUUUCUUCCUGCCGGCAAGGAGCAUCUGGUGAUAUCAUCUUGCGAAGCAAACGCUACCAUAAAGCUCUGGGACAUUCGCGCCAUCCGCCAUCAGCUCGAAGCCAACAACAACGCAAGCAAGCCCCUAUCAUGCGUCGCCCCUCCACCUAGCCACAAGGCCUCGCGCAACUGGGGCAUUAGCUCCAUGACCCUUGGUACCGACGGAGCACGCCUCUACGCCCUCUGCAAGGACAACACGGUGUAUGCGUAUUCGACGGCGCACAUGGCUCUGGGCCACGUCCCCGAGCUGGAGCAGCGCCACAACCCUUUGCCUCGGAGGAACGCGGCGGUCCACCAGGGGCUCGCCCCGUUGUAUGGCUUCCGCCAUGCGCUUUUCACCUCGCCAACCUUCUUCGUCAAAUGCGCCAUACGCCCCGCCCGAGACGGCCGCUCGGAGCUGCUGGCAGUUGGCAGCGGACACGGCACACCUGUGCUUUUCCCCACGGACGAGCGCUACUUGCACUCACAGCCAACAGCCGCCUCUUGGUCCUCAUCGGUCAAGGAUCGCACCGACGCCAAACAGGACAAGGCCUGGACCGACGAAGGUUCCUGGGGCUUCCCCGCCAACACGAAGCACCUGGCCCCGCGCGCCGGCGAGACGACGCCCAUUUAUACCAGCGGCACUCCGCUGAUUCACGGUCACGGUAAGGAGGCGACCUCGGUCUCUUUCACCCGCGACGGCCGCCUGGUUUCGGCGUCGGACGACUUUACAGCCCGCGUCUGGGCCGAGGACCGUGAACAGGCCAAGCAGCUGCGCUGUGGCGGCUGGACCGGCGGUCAGCGCUGGGGUUGGGGCUGGGCAAGCGUGGAAAUGGACCUUGAUCAGGAUGAAGUCGAGGACGAGUUUUGAUCGGGGUUUUCUCGCCAUGAUGGAGCCUUUCUUGUUUCUUUUGUUUGUGGGAUAACCAUCACACUGUACCAGCCUGGGCUUGGGAGAUUUGAUGUUGCAUUUGCAUAAUGGUGCGUGCAUUGUUUGGAGUUUAGGUCUGCUUUGAGAAACGGGCUUUGGUGUAUGGGAGUUUUCAAAUGGGCAUUUGCUCUUGAUGUUUGUGGAUCAUAGGUCAUUGAAUAGGCCAAUACUUUGCAACAGUCGGCAUACCGCAUUGCUUGGAGCAAUUAGCACAAGUAUGAUUAGAUAGUUAGGUAGAUAUAUACAAGCGCAAUGGUGCUGUCAUGUCGUAGUCACCACCUCG